AUCACUAGAGAAACAUCUAAAUAAAAUACAACAUUUCUGCUAGUCGUGUACGGAGCGUGAUAAUGAAAAUACACAUAGCAUUAUUUACAAUUUUAUUUAUUAGAAUAUUUGGAGAUAGUGAUGACGAUGUGACAGUAUCAAUCGAUGAUGAAGAAUACGCUGUACCAAUGCCUUGCAGGGAGUUCUGCGAUAAUGGUGUCAGAGAGAAAAGAAUAGCCAAUUCUCCGGUCAAAAGCAAGAUCCUAGAUGUUAUGAUGAAGACCCCGCAAUUGCAUCUGGACCCGGCCGAACCUGACGUCCUGUCGUUUCUCAGGGACAAAUACGAACUUCCAAAAGGUUUCAAAGGACCGUUGGCAGAAUACGAUUUCAUUAUUGUCGGGGCCGGCUCGGCGGGAAGCGUUUUAGCUGCAAGACUCAGCGAAGGUCGACAAGCGUCAGUAUUAUUGCUGGAAGCGGGUCUUGGAGAAUCUUUGAUAACUAGUGUACCUAUACUGGCGCCUCUGCUCCAGCAAACAGAAUACGUGUGGCCCUAUAAAAUGGAGUUUCAACCUGGGAUUUGCGUUGGGAUGACUGAUGAAAGAUGUUUCUGGCCAAGAGGGAAAGCUGUGGGAGGCACGAGCGUCGUCAACUACAUGAUCUAUACCAGAGGAUUUGCCGAAGACUGGAAUAGGAUUGCUGCUGAUGGCAACUACGGAUGGUCGUACAAAGAUGUUAUUCCAUACUACAUGAAGUCGGAACGAGCCUAUCUUAAAGGACUUGCCGAUUCACCUUGGCAUGGUCGCGACGGGGAGCUUAAUGUUGAAUAUGUACCGUUCAAAUCCAAGUUAUCGAAGGCCUUUCUCGACGCCGCCAAAUUAUUUGGCCAUCGUAGAGUCGAUUAUAACAGUCCCGAUGCGUUCGGAUUCAGCUACAUCCAAGCGACUAUGAGUCACGGUCACAGAACCAGCAGUGCGAAAGCCUUUUUACACGACCACAAAAAGAGAAAAAAUCUUCACAUUUUAAAUAGUAGCACCGUCACAAAGAUAUUGAUAGAUCCUUUAUCCAAAACCGCAACGGGUGUUGAGUUUCAUCGCAAUGGAAGGGUGUACCAAAUAAAUGCCAAGAAAGAAGUAAUAUUAUCAGCAGGACCAAUCGAGUCUCCGCAUUUGCUGAUGUUGUCUGGUAUUGGUCCAAAAGACCAUCUCAAUUCCUUUGGGAUACCGGUUAUCCAAGAUUUAAAAGUGGGAGAGUCUCUGUACGAUCACAUUUCGUAUCCUGGUCUUGCUUUUACGAUUAACACUACAAAACUAACGUUGGUGGAGCGUAAAAUAGCAACAAUAGAUAAUGUCUUACAGUUAGAACAAUAUGGAGAUGGACCAAUGUCUUCACUUGCGGGUGUAGAAACUAUAGGUUAUAUCAAAACGAACAUUUCUAAAGAACCAGGAGACUAUCCUGAUAUAGAGUUGUUGGGUUCUUGUGCUUCGCUAGCUUCGGAUGAGGGCGAUGUUGUUGCGAAAGGAAUCCACCUGGCUGAUUGGCUUUAUCAAGACAUUUAUCGACCCAUCGAAAAUGUUGAAAGUUUUACUGUUUUAUUUAUGCUCUUGCACCCAAAAUCAAAAGGUCAUUUAAAGUUACGUUCAACGAAUCCUUUUGACCAUCCCAAGUUGUACGGGAAUUACAUGAUUCAUCCAGAUGACACGGCGACUAUGGUAGAAGCGAUUAAAUACAUUAUAAAGCUGGUCGACACUUCGCCUUUCCACAAAUACGGAGCAAAAUUAUACACAAAGCCUCUCUCGACAUGUAAACAUUAUCAAUUUGGAAGCGAUAAAUAUUGGGAGUGUGCGGUGAGGACAAUCACGUCUACGUUACAUCAUCAGAUUGCAACAUGUAAGAUGGGACCAUCAUCAGAUCCUGAAGCCGUCGUAGAUCCCGAAUUGAAAGUGCACGGCGUAAAUAAUCUUAGAGUUGUCGAUAGUAGCAUUAUACCAAAGCCAAUUUCGGCCCAUACGAAUGCUCCAGCAAUCAUGAUAGGGGAAAAAGCUGCGGCUUUGAUUAAAAAAUCGUGGAAGCUUUUGUGAUUCAGUGUCAGGUUUAACCUCUGAAAGAUUGAUAAAAUGGUGCUGGACACAGAUAAAUAAUAUUAAUCAAAUAUUAAUAUAUCAUCAAUCCAUUUCACGUCUAGUAUUCAAUAUGCUUUUAUUAUACUCGUAAUAGAAUACUUUUAUCAUAUUUGUCACUAAUAUUGCAUUUCAUGAGUAUUUGUUCGAUAUUAUACUUUAAGGUGGUACUAACAAGCGUUUUACCAAAGUUUGCUAAUUAAUCAAAGGCAGGCGCAUCAUUUUGUGGUAGGUAUACGAAGAUGCGUACCGCUUUUGAAAUCAUUUAGUUGAAUGUUGUGUUUCUCCUACUUGGAAAGAGAAAAUAUGUUUGAACUGGGUUUUUUUGGGACCACGUGUUUCAGUUUCACAUUUACUAAUUUUUAUAGCGCUCGUGGGGCGCUUAAUACAUAUGACUUAAUCGAAGACCACGUUUCUAUAAAUCGUCUAUCAAAAUCGGUAAGCAGGAACUUGGUUCUACCCCUGACAUUGCUAGCGUCCGUGAGCUACGUUAACCGUUCACCAAGGGCAUUAAAAAAAACGUGUAAUUUAAAUCAUUAUGACUUUUUAUGAGUGACACGGCGGUUUCAAUUGGAGUUGAAGGGGAACCUAACAAUGUAGAACUAUUAAUGUGAUGUAAUGAUAUUAUAAAGAGUCGAUGAGGAAAAAUAAAGAGGAAAACACUAAGAACUUGUUUUAUGAAUCCAUAAUACUAAGCAUCUUCAGGUUUUUUAUAUAAUUUUUUUUGGCCCUACCUAUUCGCUUGUAGCCUAAGCCUAAGAGGGUUACUCCAGCUUCUCGCGGAGGCUAGGUGAGCUCAUGGACACGCCUGAGAUAAUUUACUAAUACUAGCCCUAGCAAGAGUAGUGCUUCGCAGAAUUUACCGCCGGAUCGGAAUGAUGAACCAUCUAUCACUAUCUCUUAGUACAAAUUUACAUCAUCCUAGUCAUGUCAACGUAUGUAUUACUAUUUCCUAUCUGAUAACAGUUAACAAUGUUAAUGAUAAGCGCGAUUUAUCUUAACGAACGUCUUAUUUCAAAUUCCGCAAAUAGCGUUUGUUCAAUUUUGAACUUUUGUGUCAUUACAGUUGAUAAAUUAGUAAGAUGGUUAAAAGUAAAUUACAGAUGACUAAUUGAUUCUUCUAAAGAGGACACUACAAGACGCCUACAGGCUUUCGAGAUGUGGUGCUACCGUCGCAUGUUACGCAUUAGUUGGACGCAGAGGGUCAGGAACGAAACUGUGCUUCUGCGCGUUCAUAUGUCCCGGAAAAUAUUGCAUUCUAUCAAAAAGCGCAAGAUAGAAUAUCUCGGCCACGUGCUCAGGAACGAUAGAUACAUGCUGCUGCAGUUGAUAAUGAUGGGCAAAGUGGACGGAAAGAGACGUGCUGGGCGAAGAAAGAAGUCAUGGCUCCGGAAUAUCCGGGAGUGGACCGGUAUUGCCUCCGUCGAACAGCUGUUCCGGCUGGCUGCUGAUAGAAAUGAAUACAGGAAGCUAACGGCCAACCUUCAGGAUUGAAGAGGCAAUGAAAGAAGAAGAAUUGAUUCUCUAUACAAUGAAGAGCAGUAUUGUCUAUUAUCCCAGGAAUCACCGCUCUGCCUUUUGAGGCGAAGUAGUCAUGGUAUCCGGUUUGAAGGUUGGGAGAGCCGUUAUACAAUAUCAUUGAAACCACAAACUCAUAUGAGUCAUGGAUACUUGAAAUAAAAACAUUAUUAUUAUUAUUAUUAUUAUUAUUAUAUCUCAAGGUAGAUGGCGGCAUUCGCAUUCAUGUUUACGAGCUUCAAAUUUUUUCCAACAUAGAAAUUUCGAAAAGCAUUUAGUGAUCAUUUACUUUGUAUUUUAGAUAGUAAGAUGUAUUAUGACGUCAAAACCAUUUAGACAUUAGAACAAACAAAUGAGUCCGACCUUCAAUGUAUUUAUUUACGCUUUAGAUAAAAUUAGGACACGGACAUUUAAAAAAAAAUAACAGUUUUAAAGCCCUCAAAAUAAAGAUCAAUUUCCGAACACGUUUAGUAACACGUUUUAAGGUACACGCCAUCAUUUAGAUUUGAACGCUAUUCUUAUUGGAAUAAAGGCUAAUUUGAACAAUUUUAUAGAGUUCAGCUAAGUGACACUAACAGUAAUGAUACCAACAUGUAUUUAUUAUGCUUUAGCAAGUUGAUAAGAUAAAAUAAAUCACAACUAGUGGGAAGGCACUGUACCAGGCAAUCAGCUGAUUUCAGUGGGCUAAAUUUAAUUUUAAUUUAAAUUUAAAUGAACUAAUUUUUUUAUAGUUAAUAAGUUGGAUGUGUGAUUGAUAUAUUCUGAUUUCUUAACUUAAUGCAAUAUUUUUCUUUUAACAGGAAAAUUAUUUGUAUAUUCUGAGGCCCCAAUCAACCUAUUUUUGACAGAGUAAUUAUGAGUUUUAAUUUGAAUUGUGUGACAGAUUUUUAACAAUUAAAUUUAAAUUCAUCUUCCUCUCACAGGUUAGUAUUUGGGUUGUUUUGUCUACCAAAACUACUGUGAUGACUUAUCAGCUGGUGGGCUUUAAGCUUGUCUGCCCUGCUACAGCAAAAAAUGAGUCUUAUUAUAUUAUGAUAAGUGGCGAUGCCUGCAUCAAGAUUUAUUUAAUGUUGUUCAGCAAUAAAUAAUAAUUAAUUAUCGUUUAUAGAUUAAGAAAUAAGAAGUUACAUUGCUGGAUAAUAGCAAGGGCCAAGAGUCAUUUUUUGGAAAUGUCAUUAUAUCAAAUGCACAUAAUAAAAAAAAUUCUUAACAUCAGAUUUAGAAAUCGAUAAGGAUAUCAAAAGUAUGAUAUGAAACAGAAAAAUUUACUCUUGAUCCAAAUUUACUAUUUUCAAUUAUUGCUCUAUUUUUGUUUCAUGUCAUACGACACUAAAGCCACACCAAAAUUAGAAUUACAGUGACCAGGCAGUAGGCAGCAGCUCGGUAGUGGUCCAUUACUCCAGUAACUACUCACCAUCAGGUGGGCUGUAUGCCUACUGCCUACAAGGCAAUGAAAAAAUAAAAAUGGUAAAUGUCAUGCGUAGAAAAAUCAAAAUCAUCAUGAAUGCAAUGUCUCAGCUGCAUAAGAUUUGGGCAGACAGGUAAAAAAUAUUAAUGAUAAAUUAAAUAACAUGUAUUAGGUCAUUUUUUCUUUGGUCUAAUCAACACAAAUGAUAAAGAUAAAUUUGUCUAUUUUC